CCGCUGCCAACUGACAUGUGAUAGAGAAUCCGAGUCAAGUGCCUGGAUCUGUCGGUGUAUUCGUCUCUUCUCACGUACUUUGUAUUUUUAUAUCUUCGUUUCUAGUCUGUUUGAGAGCGUUGCAAGACGCUUGUGGUUGUCGCUACUCUAUUCCCCACAACUUUAUUAGACUCUCGAGACUCUAUCCGAGAUCAGCACUCCAGGAUGCCGGGACCCUGCAAUGCGCAUCUCGAGAACUUUCACCCGACGAGUCAAUCUCUAUUUUUCAGUGCAGUAUAAAUAGCUUAGUGGCAGUUCCAUGUAAUUUAUGAAAGGUCAUCCACAUGCCAAUCUCUAUUUUCCAGUACAGUAUAAAUAGCUUAGCGGCAGUUCCAUGCAAUUCAUGGAAGGCCAUCCACAUGUCAAUCUCUGGAUCCUCGUUCCUCCCGCCACAUGAUAUUCUUCCAUCGGCUGUUCGAAAAUAUAUACCAUGUGCUCUACACACAUCAUCCGAUGAACCCAUCUCCUUGCUACGGUAUCCAGCACGCCCAGCAAAGAAGCGAAACAAUCUCGUCAUGAUUACUGGUAGGAGUAUCACACAUAGGUACUUGUACAUUACGUGGAGAGAAGAAUAUAUUUCUUCCACUUUAGCUGACUUUUCUAUAUGCGAUUCCGAGGCUCAAAUUGAUUUUUACAGCCGCGUUCUCCCGCCGUCAAAGUCUACGUCAACUACACCAAGACGAGCACUCGUAUCUAUCUAGUGAUAGAGACAACCGGUCAUACUUUGUUUCUAAUCUGAGAUUUUCUGGAUGGUGACUCGGUGAAGAGUGUAAAUCCAGAUGGGUGGAUUUGGAGAUGUUUCGUGGCUUUUGAUGUCCACAAUUGGCAAUGUUGACAUUUGCAGUUUGAAGAGUAUCAUCACGGCAACGUCACUGAAUUUCCGAGUCCUCAUCUUGGUGGUCCCCUAUAUCUCAAAUGGAGCACUCAAUCUCUUGUCUGAUGUCAUCAAGGAUGAUCGAGGCGCUUGUCAAUCCAUCGGGACCUGAGACCAAGUCUCCAAGGAAGACUCCCGCUCCCUCCCCAUGGCAUGAUGAACUGCUCAUCUCUGGCGCAGUGCAACAAGACCAAAAUAAUUUCUUGUUUGCUUCAAUAUAAUGGAAAGUGGACCAAAAUCAUCUUACCAUCUCCUUUUUGACUCCUUGAAAAGUGUCAUCUUGGGAAAAAAGAAGAUGUGUGAUGUCGACGACACUGUGUGGUUUGCGACGACAGCCCAAAUCCGGACACGGCUACACCAAAUACGAUGACCCCAAUCCACCGAAGCUGAAAAGGAAAUCCAAAUCGAAAUCAAAGUCACAAACGAAGAGGCCCAAGUCCUCGACGUCGACGAAUGAUGUGGCACAGCCCAUGCUCUUGGCCACAACGACAGAGAUCGACAGUUUCGGUUUCCCUGUUAGUCGCGACGACGAACGUGAGACCUUCCCGGGCACCUCGAACCUGCGCAAGAGGAACAGCGCCAACUUUGAGUGGGCACGUCUGGAUCAGUUGUCGGUGAUUCUGGAAAAAUCAAGUCUUGCCAGUACUACUGGGACCCCCCACUUGGAGGAAUCGGCUGAGGAGGUUCUAAGGUGGGAUGAUAAUAUCCAGUCUCCCCCGCUACGCCCACCAAGUCCUCCACCCAGUCCUCCACGAACACCACGACCUCCCAGAUCUUCAAGAUCUUCGAAAUCACGGAUCCCUUCGGAAUCUCCAAGACCACCAGCGAUAACCAUCUCACGAUCGGGAUCCACGGGAAGAAGAACCGAGAAGAGAACCCGUUGGCUUGACUACGAGUACCCGGACCUUCGAACACCAGAAUCCGGAUAUCCUCCUUAUUACUUACCCCGCCACAAAAUGUCGAGCACUUCAGGAAGAAGAAGUCCUAUUACCCCUCGACUGAUCGAGCCUCCACCAACAGAUGUAAGUAUUUCCUAUUCCUCCCUCCAAAGAAUUCCCUACCAAAUACUCCUCCUCCAACUCCUCACUCCACCAAUCCCAAACUAACCCCGCCCCCAGCUCGAAGAAAUCCAACGCAUCGACGACUCCCUCUGCUUCGAACACUUCACCACCGAAGACGCCUGGGAACUCGGUUCCGCCCUCCGCACCCGUCUCAUGCCCGUCCCCACACCCGUGGUAAUCAACAUCGCGCUCGCCAACCAAAACCAAGUCCUCUUCCACACCUGCACCCACACAGGAAUCAUGCCCGACAACGACAACUGGGUAGCGCGGAAGCGCAAGACGGUCCUGCGAUGGGGCACCAGCACUUGGUACAUGUCGUGCAAGUUCAACGGCGAUGAGACCGCCUUCAAAGAAAAAUAUGGACUGGGGAAUAGCGCAGGGGAAUAUGCGAUUCAUGGCGGUGGUGUGCCGAUUCGCGUCUCCGGUGUGGAGGGGGUGGUGGCGGUUGUGGUUGUUAGUGGGCUGAAGCAGCAUGAGGAUCAUGCGGUUAUUGUGGAGGUUAUUAGGGAGCUGUAUUAUUAGGUACUCUUACUUUACGUUUUGCAUAGUGUUUUUUUGGGGUUUCGUUGGAAAUUGGAAAGAGAGCGUAUAAUACCCUUGUGUGUUAUUUAGGCGGGU